UUAGAUAUUUGAUAUGUAACAUUGCCUAGUAGACUUCUACAAACUUUGUUCAAAUCAUGACCCUCGGGGUAAAAUUGACCCCGCCCCAGCGGUAACUUAGUUGUACAUCGACAAAUCUUCAAAAAAAUUCUAAAAAUAAACCAGAAGGCCUAGAGCUUAGAUAUUUGACAUGUAGCAUUACCUAGAGGACCUCUACAAAAUUUGUUCAAAUCAUGACCCCCGGCAUCAAAUUGGCCCCUCCAUAGGGGUUACUUGAUUGUACAUAGGAAAAUCUUUCCAAAAUGUCUAGAAAUAAACUAGAAGGCUUAGAGCUUAGAUAUUUGGUGUGUAGCAUUGCCUAGUGGAUCUCUACCAAGUUUGUUCAAAUCAUGACCCCGGGGUCAAGCUUAAAAGCAAAUCUUCAUAGCAACCAUUUAACCAGGUGAGCGAUAUAGGGCCAUCAUGGCCCUCUUGUUAUUUUUUGUGGCAACAAAUUUGAUAUACUUGUUUCUCUUUUUACACAUGCCUCCCUGUAUCUAUACAUUUAACAGUGUUACCGUGAACACUUACCACCACAUCUUGACAAUGGUAUAUAUGGAUGACCGUAGUUUAGAUGUACAAAGAUUUACGCGUUACGACGAUUUUGGAGCAUAUAGGGUGUGUAUGUUUACUUUUUCUUACAUAUGGCAACACUUUGAUAUAUUUUUUUCUUUUUUUACACAUGCCUCUCUGUAUGUAUACACGCAACAGGGUCACCAUGGGAACGUACCGCCACAAACACACGAGACAAUGACUGACGUUCAGAUGAGCAGAUUUUAGAGCAUAUACGGUUAGUACAUAUAUGUCUACUUUUCCUUUUAUAUGGCAACGCUUUGAUGCAGUUGUUUUUGUUUUUACACAUGCCUUUCUGUAUUUAUACAUUCAAUUUUAACAGGGUUACCAUAGAAACAUAUCUAGGCAAUGGUAUAUUGGAUGGGCAACGUUCAGAUGUACAAAGUCAUACAGCAGAUUUUAGAGCAUAUAAGGUGUGUAUGUUUACUUUUUCUUUUUUGUGAUGUCACUUUGAUAUAUUUGUUUUUCAUUUUACACAUGCCUCUGUAUCUAUAAACACAACAGGAUUACCAUGGAAACUAACUUCUACAUGUAGGCAAAGGUAUAAAAGGAUGACGACGUCCAAAUCUACAAACAGCAGUGAGAGAAAUCCUGCGACCGAUAACGAUCACGUGACAAACGCUUAGCUUUAAAUAGUCUAAGCUUUGCUAGGACCCGUAAAUGAAUUCAGGCAAAACUUGAAUAUAAACAAACAUCUGGAUAAUUUGUGCGGUUAUUGAAAACUCAAUCUACCUUGCAUGUGUCUUGUUGCAUAAUUCUUGGUGUUCGGUGUUUGCUGUUUUGUCAGGGAUUUGUUUGGCUAUUUGAUGGUGUUUGUGGUGGUUUGGGUGUUUGUUGUGGUGUUUGUGGUGGUGUUUUGGUGUUUGUUGUGUUUUUGGUGUCUUUCAUGUGGUCUUCUCGGUUGUAUUCGAUCAUGUUUGUGUUGUUUUGUUAAAAGGGCGUUUGGUGCGAAUUUUAUGUCGCAUUUGGUUCUUCAUCGUUCGUUCCGUUACAAGAAUGCUGGGGUAUGUAUACUUGAAGAAAAAGACGCAGACGGACAUGGAGAUGCAGACCAAGCAAAAUGUGCGUUUCUCUUUGUGAUGAACAGACAAUGCAGUGGUUUAGUGGAUGGUGCAGCUAUGGUACAUGAUAUUGACUACAAGCACGUGCGUGGACGUCAUGUUGUAGAUUUCACAGUGGUUAAGUGGAUGGAUGCUGCAACUUGAUCCCUUUUCUAAGGUAUGUAAUUUUUCUGACAGGUACAAUUAGAUAAUUUCGUUUGAUAGCUUUUUUUUGUAGUUUUCAUCCCGCACAUUCAUUUUCAUUUUAAUAAAUUUUCUAUAAAUUUUAUAUUUUCUGGUUAUCGUAUGGUUGUACAUGGUUUUAAUUCUUUUUUUUUUUUAGCUCAUCUGAUUUUUUGAAAAAAAAAGAUGAGUUAUUGUCAUCACUUGACCGGCGUCGGUGUUGCCUGGUUAAGUUUUAUGUUUAUGUCAGCUUUUCUCCUAAACUAUCAAAGCUAUUGCUUUGAAACUUACAACACAUGUUCAUCAUCAUAAGCUGACCCUGUAAAGCAAGAAACAUAACUCCAUCCUGCUUUUUGCAAGAAUUAUUGCCCCUUUUGGACUUAGAAAAU